AUGGCCGAGAGACAAGACAACUGGUCUGCGACAGAAUAUAACAAUACGGCAUCGUUUGUCUACAGCGACAAGUUUACGAGACCCGUCCUCGAUCUCCUUCAACCGGCCAAAAGCCAGCGUAUCCUCGACUUGGGAUGCGGAAGCGGUGAGCUCACCAAGGCCUUGAUGGACGUCGUCGGUCCAGAAGGAUACGUCCUGGGACUCGAUUCGAGUCGGAAUAUGAUUGACAAAGCUAUUUCGAAUGGUGUCGUCGAUGUGCGUGUCAUGGACGUUCAGAAGAUUGCCUGGGAGUACGGUAGCUCUACGGGCCUCGUUGAACACAGCUUUGAUGCCGUAUUCACCAACGCCGCGUUACACUGGUGUAAAGAAUCGCCUACCGACGUUGUGAAGAAUGCCUGGAGUGCUCUCAAGCCACAAGGCCGCUUUGUGGGCGAGAUGGGCGGAUUUACUAAUCUCUGCGGCCUCCGCUUAAGUUUGCACCGCGUUCUCCGACGGCGUGGACACGACCCGCGGGUGCGAGACCCCUGGUACUUUCCAUCCGACACGGCCUAUAAGGGUAUGCUAGAGAGCGUAGGAUUCAACGUCGAGACGAUUGGUCUUUACCCUAGGCUCACACCUGUCCCCAACGGCCUCAAAGCCUGGCUCGACCUCUUUGUGAGACGCAGCAUGCUCUCGGAUCUGAGCGACGCCGAAGCCGACGAGAUACUCGACGAAGUGGUAAAGGAAUGCGAGGUCGACAUGCGAGAUGAAGAAGGAAAUUGGCACAUCAUGUACGUCCGCCUCAGAUGGAAAGCAACAAAGCCGGCGGCGUGA